AUGAACAUCGAAGAGACAGACUCCGCGCCUACUCCUGUAGAAACACUACCUCCGCCGACUUCUUCAGAGAAACCACCAGAAGUGCAGCACCAAACCGGGGAACAGGGACCGCAUAGGAAGAUGCCAGAACCACCCCAGCGUUCUAACAAAGACGCGGCCGUUAGUGACAACUCAAGACUGAAAAGCCGGCUUUUCCUGAUCGUGUUCAUCGUUGUCCUUGGCUUGCUGCUUACCAUAGCCUGGUUCUUCUUGCGGGACACGGCACACGUGGGCAGCCAGAAACCGCUACUCUGCCUGACGGAUGAUUGUCGCGAAUAUGCUUUGUACCUAGACUUCCGCCGCAAUCUUUCCGUGGACCCUUGCAACGACUUUUACACACACGCCUGUUCCUCGUGGCAACCCCCCAAUGGCUAUGGCCUGGUCGCCAGCACCACGAUGGGUGAGGUCAUGAUCAAGUUGACACUGUCUUUCGCACAAUUUUUAGACCAGGCAGCGAACGCCAGCAGCGUGGGCAAGAAGCCGCAGUCUAUGUUCAAGGCUUGCGUCUCAGAACGUUCGACGGAUCUUUCCGACGCCAAGCGCUUUCGUGAAUUCCUUUCUGAGCUCAACAUGUCGUGGCCGGAGCAGCCACCUGUCGGGUCAAGUGCGCUCGGCGUGUUGAUCGACCUAGCCUUGAAUUGGCGCGACACCUUCUGGCUGACACUCAGGGUUGAGGUGGUCAGCGACGCGCAAGUGAAGAAACAUCGCAGAAAGAGGCUGUUGAUAACGCCGGGAAACGAAGACGUACUCACCUUCUUCGCCAGAAAUCAUUUUCACGUGCAAAAGCGCGGCGCAUACGUGGAUUACUGGAAGAUGCAUUUUAAGGCGCUCUACGGCAAUCAAACAAUUCCUCUCACGGAAAAAGAAAUCCUCGAAAGCGGCUCGCUACAGACGGCGGUCGUGAAUCUGCUGCUUGGUGCGAUGAGGAGGAAACCGAAGGUGCCGCUUCUCAUUCCACUCUCUCGCAUCGGUGAUUACAUGGGAGCACUGAAUUCAUCGCUGUGGUUGGACAAGCUCAACGCUCACGUUAGCGACGACUUUUCGUUCACCAGCGAAGACGAAGCGUUUGUCGAAGACCGCUACUUUCUUCAGACAAUCGGUCGACUGUUCAAAGAGUAUAAAGACGAAGUCCUGCUACAUCAGAUGUCCUGGGAAUUCGUUCAGACACACAUCGUCGUAGUGGACAAAGCGCCUUUGGAGAUAACACUCUGGGGAAAAAACCACGCUGCACCAUACAUUCCACUCUAUUGCGCCAUGUACGUCGAAGACGUCUAUAGGCCACUCCUGGCUUUCUUGUACUCUGCUUCGAGAUUGACAGCCCGCGACCGCCUCCUUGUGGACGCUGGUCUGAAGAGCCUUGUGCGGGAAGUCACGGAGAAGGUGAACUCGUCCUGGUUAAGCGAGCCAAGCAAAGUCACAGCCGUGCAGAAGUACAAGUCUAUGCGUGUCAAUCUGUGGCCGCCAGACCUUUCCCAAGAAGAAGUGGAAAAGUUCUACAGAUGCUUUCCCAACAGUGGAAGGUCCUUCGUGAACAUAUGGAUCGAAGGACAUGACUGUCUACGUCGCGUGGCGGGCACUCCGUUCCAAGAGAGCACUCGUGGCAUGCAUAACGUUAUAUCUCCCAGCUUAGCCAUCUACGACUACAUUUCGAACUCUGUUGACGUGGCCGUUACAACUUUCGCUCGACCCGUGUACUACUCACAUGGAACGAGAGCCAUGUUUUACGGUGGCGUAGGGUUCUUGCUCGCCUCGCAGAUAAUGAGGGCGCAAGAUCCGACGGGAGUCUUCAUACUAGCUAAUAGAAGCGUCGUGGACGGGUCCUGGAUAACACCUUCUGACUCAGCAGAAUUCCAGAACAGGAUUCACUGCCUUGGCAUCGGCACCAAAUAUUACCUCGUAUCCCACGUUGCGGCGCUGGAAGUUGCGUACUCUGCAUUCUCCGCGGACGAUGGCCUCGAUUACAGUCGCCGUCCAAUAAGCAGGAACCUCACGGAAGCUCAGGUCUUCUUCUUGACGCUGUGUCGCACCAUGUGCCACGUCGUGGAAGCUGACCAGGAUCCUGUCACCGACUGCAACGCACUGCUCAAAAACUCGCUGCACUUCUCCGAGGCCUUUAACUGCGCUCGCGGGUCGCCAAUGAACCCGGAAAGAAAAUGCGGCUUCUUCGAAUGA